AUGAAGCGGACCCCACCGCCACGCCAGUCGAGAAAACGCUGCUCGGCGCCGUGCUCGUCUCUCCCGCGGACCCCUCCACCACAGCUACAACGCUCCUCAGAGCCGGAGGACGUUCAAUUACCAAAAUGCCCUCCAGCAUUUGCACCACUUUCCCCAUGGGUGGCCUCUGCGAUGGCUGCUCCUAUGACGAUUGAGAAGGGUCGGGCAGCAAAACAGGCUGACAGACUUUCACAAACGAGGUGCUUGGAAUGGCCGGCGAACGAAAGCCGCUCACAAAAUUUGUUAGCUUUAGGUAGCAUUCGCCUGACCCAUCGGAUAAAGAAGUCGAGGCCGUGCAGGCGGAGCCCAUGA